UGUGUGUGACUUGACGUCGCUGCUGUACUUGUCACUCAGACAUCCCAGGAAUUCAGCACGGCUAGGAACCUGCUAGCUCGGCAUAGUUGGGGGCAUUUUUAGUUUAAAAUCCCGUCUUUGUUAGCCAGAGAGUUUAAAGGACUGUCGCUCUUGUUCAAAAUAAGGAAGGACUCGAGCUACACACACUGCAGCAUGCACAUGUGAAGUGAGACAGCAGAGACAUUGAGACUCGUCUCAGCCCCUUGAUCACGCAGCCAGCCAGCACUGCGUGCCAUCCUGUUCAUCCCUUUAAUCGUCAACAUACAUGUUCUUACAUGAAGAGAGGGGAGAAACCCGAAGGAUACAGACAGAUGAGACCCAAGACGUUCCCCGCCAGCAACUACAGUGGCAACAGCCAGCAAAUGCUGCAGGAGAUACGGGAGAGUCUCCGCAACUUGUCCCGGCCCUCUGACCCACCUAAAGUGGACAUGGCUGGUUCUGGAAAAAUGCUGCCCGAAGACCCUCGGCAACAGGGCCGCUGUAGCAACCCCAAAAACCCCUACCACAAGGCCUUGCAGGAGAUUCGCAAGUCCCUGAUGCCUUUUGCCAAUGAGCCCAGCACUUCAUGCCGGAUGAACGAGAAACAAAUCGACAAGCAGAUGCUGCUGGAGCUCCUGUCUGCUGGGUUUGAGCAGGAAAUGGCGAUCUGUGCUCUGAAGCAGACCAAUAGUCGCAGUAUGGAGGCAGCAAUAGAGUACAUCAGUAAGAUGAGCUACCAGGACCCCAUGAGGGAGCAGAUGGCUGCUAUUGCUGCUCGUCCCGUCAAUGCAGGCAUGAAAACCCCAGGUGCCUCUCAUAUCCAGCAGCCUGUCUUGAGGAGGCCGAGCUGGAAGGGCUCUAAGGAGUCUCUGGCUCCACGGCACGGUCCCAUCAUGGUGGAUGGAAUAAUAUACCGCUCUGACAGCCCUGGACCGCAGGGAGACCUGGCCGCACGACCACCGCCUGCCUUUCCUCAGGGUCACCCAGCUAACAGCCAGAGGGUCAACCCUCCCCUGCCGCCACAGGUGCGCAGUGUCACUCCUCCACCAAACCGAGGUGCCACCCCUCCUCCACCCACCUGGGACAGUAACCCGACAACCAAGCGCUACUCUGGCAACAUGGAGUACCUGGUGCCGCGAAUCUCUCCAGUACCCCAGGGGGCCUGGCCUGAUGGGUACUCAGCCCCGGCUCCUCAGAACCAGCGUGGUAUUAGCCCAGUGCCCAUUGGCCGCCAGCCAAUCAUAAUGCAGAGCUCUGGGGGGAAUAAGUUCACCUUCCCCUCUGGCUGGUCCCAGAACGGCACCCCUCAAGCCGACCACAUGAGUGGGGGCAGUCGUCAGCCCCCUCCCCCAUACCCUGUCAACCAGAGCAGCCGGCAGAGCCCAACUGACCAGCAGAUGCAGGCUGGAGGACCUGCAUCCUCUCCCUCUUAUGUCAAUGGAGGCAGCCUCCCUCAGUCCAUGAUGGUUCCCAACCGGAACAGUCACAACCUCGACAUGUACAACAUUGGCCCUCCUCAGUCCUGGUCCCAAGCCCCACUGGCCCCCACCCAGCCUCAGUCUUCCCCCGGUAACAGCAGCAACCAAGACCUGUCUCCAUCAUGGCAGCACAACAUUCCUGUCCGCUCCAAUUCCUUCAACAGCCACCAGCUGAGCGCCAGACCGGCGCACCCGGCCAGCUCCCAGCCCUCUGCCACAACAGUCACUGCCAUCACCCAGGCCCCCAUCCUGCAGCCGGUCAAAAGCAUGCGUGUCCAGAAGCCUGAGCUGCACACCGCUGUUGCUCCCACACAUCCCCCGUGGAUGCAGCAGCCACCUCCCCCUCCACCUGCAAACACCUACCCAGAGCCCCCGACCCCUGUGCCUCAGAUUCCUGUAGUAGCAGAGGUGCCUAGCUAUCAGGGUCCCCCACCUCCCUAUCCUAAACACCUCCUUCAGCAAGCAACUGCACCCUGCCCGCCGGCCUAUGACCCUGCAGCCAGUAAGCCCGGUGGCGGGAAGGACGAGCUGGCUGAGGAGGAAGAGGGCAGCAGUGGCAGCAGCUCUGGAGACAAGGUAGCAGAAGGCCUUGAUGGCAACUUAGGGGUAGAGAAGGAGAAGAAGCAAAUCACUACUUCUCCUGUCCCUGUUCGCCGCAACAAGAAAGACGAGGAGCGGAGGGGAGAGUCCUCCAGAGUCCCACUUUACUCCCCGCAGGCCUUCAAGUUCUUCAUGGAGCAGCAUGUGGAGAAUAUAUUAAAGAACCAUCAGCAGCGCAUCCGGAGGAGGAAGCAACUGGAAAGUGAGAUGCAAAGGGUGGGGCUGUCACUGGAUGCUCAGGAGCAGAUGCGUAUGAUGCUCUGUCAGAAGGAAUCCAACUACAUCCGGUUGAAGAGGGCCAAGAUGGAUAAGUCCAUGUUCAAGCGGAUCAAGACGCUCGGCAUUGGCGCUUUUGGUGAGGUUUGCUUGGCCAGGAAAGAGGACACAGGAGCACUGUACGCCAUGAAGACACUACGUAAGAAAGACGUGCUGCUGAGGAACCAGGUGGCCCACGUCAAGGCUGAGAGGGACAUCCUGGCCGAGGCCGACAACGAGUGGGUGGUGCGUCUCUACUACUCGUUCCAGGACAAGGACAACCUGUACUUUGUCAUGGACUACAUCCCUGGAGGAGACAUGAUGAGCCUGCUGAUUCGCCUGGGCAUCUUCAAGGAGGAGCUGGCCCAGUUCUACAUCGCCGAGCUCACCUGUGCCGUGGAGAGUGUUCACAAGAUGGGCUUUAUCCACCGUGACAUCAAGCCGGACAACAUCCUUAUAGACCGAGACGGACACAUAAAGCUCACAGACUUUGGUCUCUGCACUGGCUUCCGCUGGACGCAUGACUCCAAGUACUAUCAAAGUGGGGACCAUGUCAGGCAGGACAGCAUGGACUUCAGUAAGGAAUGGGAAGACCCAGCUAACUGCCGCUGUGGAGACCGGCUCAAACCUCUGGAGAGGAGGAAGGCCAGGCAGCACCAGCGUUGUUUGGCUCACUCACUAGUGGGGACACCCAACUACAUCGCCCCAGAGGUGCUGCUCCGAACAGGAUACACCCAGCUCUGUGACUGGUGGAGUGUUGGUGUCAUCUUGUAUGAAAUGGUUGUCGGGCAGCCUCCCUUCUUAGCAACCACUCCCCUCGAAACCCAGCUGAAGGUGAUAAGCUGGCAGAGCACGCUGCACAUCCCCCCUCAAGCAAAGCUGAGCCCAGAGGCGUCAGAUCUCAUCAUUAAAUUGUGCCGUGGCCCUGAGGACCGGCUGGGCAAGAACGGGGCAGACGAGAUCAAGGCUCAGCCUUUCUUCAAGACCAUCGAUUUCUCCAGCGACCUGCGGCAGCAGGUGGCGCCCUACAUCCCCACCAUCGCACACUGCACGGACACCUCCAACUUCGACCCGGUGGACCCAGACAAACUGUGGAGCAGCGACAAUGAGGGAGAGGGCAACCACAAUGACACCCUGAAUGGCUGGUUCCGCAACGGCAAGCACCCUGAACACGCCUUCUAUGAGUUCACCUUUCGCCGAUUUUUCGAUGACAACGGCUACCCGUACAGCUGCCCUAAACCCAUCGAGUACGAGGGCUACAGCGAAGACGAGCCGGACUCAGAGGGCCCAGUGCAGGAGGAGGCCGGCUGCCCAACUCCUCAGGGCCGAGACCUGGUCUAUGUUUAGUUCUCUGGCCUCUUGAGCUGUUUGUGCAUUCUGGAGUGUGUGUGUGUGUGUGCGUGCGUGUGUGUGUGUGUGUGUGUGUGUUGUGUUAGGGGUUGUUACGGCACAGCAUUUGAAACCUAGCUCAUAGGAAGUAAAAGUACCUGUUUGAGGAGCAGACACUACAUUUUAGGCUUUCAGUUCUGUAGCGCCCAUGGUGAGUACAGGUACGGCUUCACACUGCAGCUCAGUCAGUGAGAUGUACAGGGUCUGCGUGAGGCGAGCUGCCACAAAACGAGAGGAAGUGAAAGCAGAAAGCAUCAGGGUGCUCUCCUUGACAACCAGCAAACCCCUGUAAGCCUUUAUUUAUUUAAGAAAUUGUAACUGUUGAUGCUAGUUUAGAUACUGUUUGUUUAUGGGGAUUUUGUUGUUGGAAUGUGCUUUCAUCCUAAUUUAUAUCUUAAGAAGUCUGUUGCUGCAAUGGGGAUUUAGUGAUAUGACUUGUAGAAAAUUGCAGGGAUAAAUUUCUCUUAUUUUUCACUGCUGUGCCUUUUGAUCUUUUGCUGUCUUUCACCAAAUAUAGGGGGGUUAAUAAUCAGACUGGCAUUUUACAAUGAGAAAUAGAUUUAGUUGAUUGAACUAGGUUUUUAUUGUUUAUUUUUCUAAUUUAUACCUAAAAUGUAUUUAUAAAUUAAGUUGUAUACAGUUGAUGUAAAUAUUUUUAUCUUCCCUGUCAGCUGAUUCCUCCCCCUCCUUAGGGCAGGCCCUCUUCAGUGUCCACUAUUUCUGCCUCUCCUCCUCUGUUCAUCUCCAUCUGUGAUUUGUUGUGUGCUUUCCCUCUCUUGUAUAGCCAACCCCAAAACACCUUCAACACUUAGACAGGAGAGCUGGUGGCUUUAAUUUAACUCACAUUUCUUCAUUGCCAUUCCAGCUUUGUGUUCACCUCUCAACCAAAGCACUAAAUACAUGUUUUGUUUUGUUUUUUAACAUUAAGCAGCCCCAAUUUUUUUUUUUUUUUUUUUUUUUAAUGAAGCUCAUAUGACAAUAAAACUAAUUUUUAGGCUGUCAUUCAAAAUACCUGCUUGUGCGCUCCUAACCGCUGAAGCCUACAGUAUCUAUACAGUCAGUCUGACACUGUGAUGACCUGGGGAGGCUCUAGUGACACAGCAUAGCCAGUAGCUUGAACCCCAAUUUCUUCCAAGUAAGUUUUGGAGCUUUUCUCACUCUUCUGCAGCCUAUCUUGCAGUUCCUGUCUUUGAAUACCACUGCAUCCAGCUGUCGCAUGUUGACUUUUGCAUUCCUCUGUACUGAAAAAAGGAAGAAGAAAAAAAAUGGAUUGAUGGACUCACAGUGGAGAGCACUGCUCUCUGUCACAUAUCAUGACACUAUUGUAUCCCCUUGUUGUUUUUUUGUUAAAAAAAAAAAAUCUAUGAAUGUAGUUAUGUAAUGUGGUGACCACUGGCAUUCUGCACUGGUUUUGUGUAAUCAUGUAGCCUAAAGGUGAGAUAAUUUUAUUUUUGUGUACAUUUUGUGCUCUGGGAGGAUGGGUACAGGGAAGAGGGUGAUCAAUAAAGAAUGUAAAGAACAAAGCA